AUGCCACGCGACCCCGACCCCUCCCUCAACGAAUCCUCCUUCGUCCAAACCUGCCUGCGCAAAGGCCUGCGUCUCGAUGGACGAGGGAUGUACGAGAUGCGUUCUGUGGACGUACGGUUUGGUGAAGAGUUUGGGUGGGUCGAGUGCCGAUUGGGAGGGACUAGGGUCGUCGCGCAGGUUUCGGCGGAAAUCGUCAAGCCCCUCCCGGACAGACCUUACGAGGGGUUCGUGAGUCUCGUGACGGAGAUUAGUCCGAUGGCUAGUGCGGCGUAUGAGGCGGGUCGGGCGAGUGAAGACGAAGUCCUGAUGACGCGGCUACUGGAAAAAGCCCUGCGGCGGAGCAACGCCGUCGACCGUGAAGCGCUCUGUAUCGUCGCCGGCCAAAAGGUCUGGUCCAUACGAGUCGACGUCCAUUUCCUCGACGACGAGGGAAACAUGCUUGAUUGCGUGUCGAUAGCGGCCAUGACUGCUCUGCGGCAUUUCAGGAGACCGGAUGUGACGGUCGUUGGGGAGGAAGUUACGGUGCACUCGAUGACGGAACGCGUGCCCGUGCCCCUGGCGAUCCAUCAUUCGCCGAUGUGCUUGACGUUUGCGUUCUUUGGCGACGACUCGCUCGCCGUGCUCGACCCGACGCACCUCGAAUCUCAGCUGUGCACGGGCACGCUGACGCUCGCUUUGAACUCUCAAUCCGAGAUCUGCGUCCUGUCGAAGCAAGGGGGUGCGCCGCUCGGUGCGGACGAGGUGAUGCGUGCUGUGAGUCUCGGGGUUGAGCGUGUGAGGGAGGUCGAGGGGAGGGUUGUGAGUGCGUUGGGGGAGGAGAAGAGGAGGAGGGUGGUCGAGGUGAGGUAG